AUUUUCAUUUAUGUUUUCCUUACUUGCUCUUGUCCUUUUGCCUUCUUGCAAAGUUGCUCUUCUGCAUCGUGCUACGCGUAAAUAAUUGGGUUUUUAAUGAUAUUUAUUUUUUCUGUUAACCCUUUUCUUUCUCUUUCUCUGUUUCACUGCUUUUCGCCUCUUAUAUUUUUUUCCCCCUACCCUUUACUGUUGAUUAUCAGGUUUUCUAGUCAAGGGAAUCUUUUUUGCAGAAUCUGGGGAAUUAUCAAAACUGAAAUCGAGUGGUUUUCUUUGGCAGAAAAGACCUAGAUGCACAAGAGCAAGAUUGCAUGUUGAUGGCAGAUAGAGAAACCUUGUGGGGUUGAUUUGGAUUGGUCCCUUCCCUAUUCAUAUGCCUUAGAGCCAACCAAAAGCUUCUGACUUUCCAUUUGUUACUCUUGUUGCUCUGUGUUUUCUGGAUCCUAUCAGGUUGUUUCCAGGGUUCUGUGAAUCGAAACCACAUGUCACAGCAGAGGCAAACUAGGAUGAUGAGUUCAAGCAAUGCAAAAGGAGCUGGCGACACCACGUACACCAAGAUCUUCGUGGGAGGGUUGGCUUGGGAGACUAAGAGAGACUCUCUGAAACGCUAUUUUGAGCAGUUUGGAGAGAUCUCAGAGGCUGUUGUUAUCACUGACAGAAACACCGGAGCAUCAAAAGGCUAUGGCUUUGUGACUUUUAAGGAGCCUGACUCUGCAAUAAGAGCUUGUCAGAAUCCCUACCCUUUGAUUGAUGGAAGGAGGGCUAAUUGUAAUCUUGCAGCUCUUGGUGCACGGAAAUUCAACCCAUCUACCACAGUUGCAGGAGCUGAGAAAUUCAACAACAAUUCAUGGGCCAUGGUGCCAAUCCCAUUUCAAGGCACCUCUUCAUAUUACAACCAGCACGUGCCUCAUCACACUUUUCCCUUUCCACCACCCUACAGGUAUCCUGGUUAUCCUCCCUCACAAGAAAUCUAUGCAAUGAACUACUACAACGUUUAUGGAGGGCAACAGCUUCCAUUUCGAUGGCGUCCGGCAAUGUACCAACCAUAUUAUGGGCUAAGUAAUUCAAUGCGAUUGCCAGCAGAAGCAAUGGGGAAAAAGACACAGUACUCUGAUAUGCCACCCCAGGAAAUGUUGGCAGUUGUUGGAGUGCCACCACCAGAACCUAUCUCAGUUUCUCCUUCAAUACCCACCUCUGGAUUAGUCACCGGCACAGCACCAGUUUCUGGUUCUGCAGCAGCCGCCAAAAUAGGAGCCUCCCCUGAACACAAGUCUUCAGCUUAGACCAGUGAGAACAGGUUCCAUCAAAUCAUAUAGCUUGAGACGCGCUUUUUUCAUCUUUUCUCUCCAUUGCCUUGAUAUUUUCUUGUUUUAAGAAUCUGGAUUCGCAGGGAUCAUUCUUCAAUUUUAUAUUUUCUCGUAUAGGAUUAGCUUACUGUUAGGUUACACCGUUACAGUUCGAAAAAUAUUGCAUCUUUUACCUUUUUUUGGGUUCCUAUAUCUGUUUUGCAUUUUAUAGGUUACUUAUUCUAGAUCCAAUUUUGAGUUUAGUAAUUUUCUGUAUCCAACAAUUACGUCAGGACUGAAAAUAAUAUAUUUCUAUUAACAGUU